UUAUUGAAUUUGUCAAAAGAAUAGGUGAAGAAAAAGAAAAAAAAAGAAAAAAUAAAAAUAAGAAGAAAAUAAAAAGUGGAUAGUUUGCAUAUUUCUUUCAUGCAGAGGUAUCUUCUUCCUUUGACUAUUUCUCCUCAUUCCCCCACUUGAAAUAUAUUUUUUUUUUUUUUUUUAUAAAUUGAGCUGGGUAACAUAUUGUCUGUCUCAGUCAGUCGAGUUUCUCGCAACUCUCUGGCCAAUCACUUCCCCUCUAUUAAUCCCCACUCUAAAUAAAAUUCUCAACAACACACUCACACACCAGGCAUCUCAACUCGGCAGCAGUUACGGCAGCGUCAGAUCGACAACGACCGUGUUCGACUAACGUUAUAUAUUUACACACGAGACAUUCAAUACUAUUAUUAUUAUUACAUUUAUACGGUGGCUCUCACAUCACAAUUCAGUGCAUCAUCAUCAUCAACAUCAACAUCAUCAUCACAAAGAGAGCCAAGUGAAAAAAAUAUUUAAAAUUAAAAAAAUAUAUAUAUUUAAUGAAAACAAUUAACGUUAGUUUUAAACAUUAUUUUGACAUAAUUAAUUUACAAGUUUAAUUUAGAUAAAAAUACAUUUGACAUAAAAAAAAAAAAGUUUAAUUGAAAAUUGUGACACAAAAGUUUAGUGUUUAUUUGUGAUUAAUUAAAUUAAUCAAGAAAUGAGAACAUCAUAUUAAUUAAAAUUAAUAUAUUUUGAUAAUUUGACGUGAAAUCAAUUGGAAAUGUGGAAUUCUUCAUUACACGGAUUAAAUGGAAUAUACCAAAAGUGUUAAAUAAAGUGUGAAUUUUUAUUUGUGUGGUAUUUAUUUCACUACUACUAUUUUUGUGUGAAAAAAGUGGCUUUUUUUUUUUUUGUUUACUUGUGUUAUUAGUAUAUAUAUAUAUAUUUGUUUUUUUUUUUUUUUUAUAUUGUUUUCUGUGUUUCGAAAAACGGGGGACUUGUUUUAGUCCCUUAUGGCUGCGCAGAAAGUUUAUUGUUUAUUUGCCUCAAGAAGGUAACCCAAAAUAGGGGUAUUAUUUAAUAAUAAAUCAACAAUUGUUGGUUUACAUUAAUUUUGUAUAAUUAAUAAUUUUUACAAAAAUGUGGACCACAAUGCUUAUUUGGACGAUGGCAGUUGUCCUACUUCCAUCACCUCGUGUGGUGUAUGCCUCUGGUGUAUUUGAGCUACGUUUAAAAUCAUUUACAAAUGAAUAUGGAAAAGACAACAUGGGAAAAUGUUGUUCUGGUAGUACAACAAUAAAUGGUACCUGUUUGGGUGUAUGUAAAACAAGAUUUCGUGUUUGUUUAAAACAAUAUCAAGCUAAAAUUGAUACAACAACACCUUGUACAUAUGGAGAUGUUGUUACACCAGUAUUAGGUGGUAAUAUUGUUAAUUUAAAUCCAGAUGUUGCAUUACCAAGUUUUACAAAUCCAAUUAGAUUUCCAUUUGACUUUUCAUGGCCUGGUACAUUUUCACUCAUUGUUGAAGCUUAUCAUGAUACCGAUAAUACAACACAUCAUUCAGCUGAAAAAGUAUUGAUAACAAGACUGACAACUCAACGCUGGCUGGAUGUUGGAACAUCAUGGACUGAGGAUGAACAUAGAAGUGCACAUGCACGUAUGGUUUAUGAAUAUCGUGCAACUUGCAGUGCACAUUAUUAUGGCAAGGGUUGUGAGAAUCUAUGCAGACCCCGUGACGAUAGCUUUGGACAUUACAGCUGCAGUCCAACCGGUGAACGUGUAUGCUUGUCAGGAUGGAAGGGCGAUUAUUGUGCAACUCCUCGCUGUUUGACUGGAUGUAAUGAACAGCAUGGACACUGCAGUCAACCCAACGAAUGCACAUGUAAUCCUGGCUGGACUGGACAAUUCUGUGACCAAUGUGUUAGAUAUCCAGGAUGUCUUCAUGGUACAUGCCAAAAACCAUGGGGUUGUAUGUGUAAUGAAGGAUGGGGUGGUUUAUUUUGUAAUCAAGAUUUAAAUUAUUGUACAAAUCAUAAACCAUGUAUGAAUGGUGGCACCUGUUUUAACACCGGUCAAGGUUCUUACACCUGUUCUUGUGCUCCUGGCUUUACUGGUACUGAUUGUGAAACACCAUUGUCUGAUUGUCAUUCAAAUCCUUGUUUAAAUGGUGGUUCAUGUUCAAUGAAUAACAAUAAUACAAUUACUGGAUCAUCAUCAUCCUCAUCAUCAUCAUCAGGAUCAUCAGGAUCAUCAUCAUCAUCAUCUUCAACAGGAUUAUCAAAUCAAUUCAACAACAACAACAUGGGAAAUAAAACAAAUGAAUCAACAAUUCAAACAGCAUAUCGUUGCACCUGUUUACCAGGUUGGAGUGGUCGUCAUUGUGAAAUAACAUCAAAAUCAUGUAGAGAUUCACCAUGUUUACAUAAUGGUGUAUGUGUUGAUGAUUCAUUAAAAGGAUAUACUUGUCAUUGUACAGCUGGUUAUUCUGGUAAAGAUUGUGAAACACAAGUUGAUGAAUGUUCACCAAAUCCAUGUAAUAAUAAUGGUACAUGUACACCAACACAAAAUGGUUUUAUGUGUACUUGUCCAGCUGGUUAUACUGGUGAUAAUUGUGAAAUAAAUAUUGAUGAUUGUCAAGGUGAUCCAUGUUUAAGUGGUGGUACAUGUGUUGAUAUGAUUAAUCGUUUUCGUUGUCAAUGUGUACCUGGUUAUGUUGGAUUAUUGUGUCAAGAUAAAGUUGAUUAUUGUUUAGCUAAACCAUGUGCAAAUGGUGGUAUAUGUGCAUCUGGAACAAAUGAUUAUGUUUGUACAUGUAAAGCUGGUUUUACUGGUAAAGAUUGUAGUGUUGAUGUUGAUGAAUGUAAAAGUAAUCCAUGUAAUAAUGGUGGUUUAUGUAAAAAUCGUGUUAAUGGUUUUGUUUGUGAGUGUACAACUGGAUGGCGUGGUGAUACAUGCAAUGAACAAAAUGAUGGUACAACAAUUGUACGUCCAUCAAACAACAACAACAACUAUAACAACAAUAACAACAACAACAACAAUAAACGUCAUUUUAAUAUGAAUAAUACAAAUAACAACAACAACAAUAAUCAUCAUUAUAAUAAUAAUGGUAUACCACCAUCAGGUGCAAGUUAUUGGUCUGGUAAUUUAUCAAGACCAUCAGCUGAAGCACGUGAUGCUGGUUUAACAACUGAACAUGUUGUUGUUAUUGCAACAUUAUCAACAGCAGUACCAGCAUUUGUACUUGUUGCUGCAAUUGCUGUUAUGUGUAUGAAACGUCGUCAAAAACGUGAACAAGCACGUGCUGAUGAAGAAGCACGUAUACAAAAUGAAAGAAAUGCUGUACACAGUAGUUUAACAAAACGUAUUGUAACAAGUAAUUGUAAUGGUACAAAUAGUAAUGGUAAUAGUAGUUUAUAUCAAGGUAAUCAAACAAAUACAAAUAGUAGUAGUAUUUGUUCAAUAAAUGGUGAUUCACAUAUGAUUAAAAAUACAUGGACUGCAAAUAAAAGUGUUAAUAAUUCACGUAAUGAUAAUACACGUGAUGAUUUAGAUUUAUCAUUUCAAACUGAUAGUGGACAUGAUAUAUCAUGUGGCGGUGGAGGUGGAGGAGGAGGUGGUGGUUAUAAACCAGAACAAAUAAUAAAUGAUGGAAGAUCAAGAACACCAAAACAAUUAAAUACUGAUGCUGCUGCACAUCGUACAUCUUAUCAUUUUCAAAAAGAUAAAGAUAUAUGUGGUAGUGUUGGUGGUUUAAUUGAUUCAAAAAGAACAUCAUCAAUAUUUUCAACAAAUAAUAAUAACAAUAAUAAUAAUAAUAAUAACAAUAAUACAGAUUCAUGUUGUGGUAAUGAUCCAGCGUUACUUAAAAGACCGUUAAAUGAUAGUGGUGGCGGGGGUGGUGGUGGUGUUAAUGAGGGUAAUUGUGGUGUAUAUGUCAUUGAUGAUCAUUAUAGACAUGAUUCAAGUAUUGCAUCAACCCUUGCAACAGAAGUGUAGUAGUCAUCCAUUUAUUUAAUUUAAACUAAAAAAAGAAAUUAUUAUUAUUAUUAUACAGACAAUGCAUUGCUGCGUUACAAAGACUAUUAUCAAUUAUUAAUCUCUCUCUUUUCUUUUUUUUCAAUAUUUUUUUAAAUUCAAUUUUGGUAUAAUUAUUAAUUAUUAUUAUUAAAACUAUAUUUUCAAUCUCCCUGAUUAGUCAGCCGUAUAUUUAUCCGUUAUUUUUUUUUUUUUUCAAAUAACUGUUAAAACUUUUUUGACUAUUUUUCGUUUUUUUAUUUUAUUUUUUUUGAUACUGUAUUUUAUUGUGAUUAAAGUUACUUUUAAUAGCUUGAUAUUGAGUUUAAUUAAUUUCAAAUUAUUACGAAAAAAAAAAAAAAUAAUACAGUAAAUAGAAAAAAAAAUAAAUAAACUUAAAAUUACGCCAAAAUGUUUUAGAAACAUUUAAAUGCACAUUUACGCGAGUAACUGGAUUAUUUCGUGUUAGCACAAAAUAGACAGGGAGAUUUGAAUGAAAAAUAAGAAGAAAAAAAUAUAUAUAUAUUAAAUAAAUAAUAGUUAAAGAAUAAAUUAAAAAAAAAAAAAAAAAAAAAUAUAAAAAAAAGAAAAAGAGAGACGAAGAUAAAAGUGAGAGAGCCGCUUCGGUGAUGCAAAUGCACGCCAACGCGCAAAAUAAUAAAAUUUAAAAUAAUAAUAAAUAAAUAAAUAAAAAACACCCCCCUCCACAAGUCCCUUAGGUAUUUAUAAUAAUUAUCAAUGCUCGAAGCAAAAGUAAAAUAAAACGAAAAAAAAAAAAAAACUGUACAGAAUUAAUUUAUUAUAAUUGUUAUUUACUAUUAUUACGGAGUUUUCACCGUGCUAUUGAUGUUAUGUGUAUUUAAAAAAAAAAACGACGACGAAGAUGAUGAUGAUGAUGAAGAAAAAAACUAAGAAAAAUGAAAAAAAAAAAACAUAAUAUUAAUAGCUUUAUUAUUGAUAAUUAUAUUAUGGAUUAUCAUUGUUCCAAUAAAUUAAAUUUACGUUUAUGUGUAUGUUAGAGUGACCUCUGUAUAUGUGCAUUUCAAUUUUUUUUUUUUAAAUUUUUUUUGUAAACGUCGAUUAAUAUAUAUAAAAAAUAAAAAAUAUAUUUUUUUUUGCAACGAGUGAUUAUGUGCGUGUGAGAAAAAAUUGUACAUCGAGUAUGCAUGUAUAUGUCUGUAAAUGUGUAUUAUUUUAUAUAUAUAAAUAUAUCUAUAUAUUUUUUUUUUUUUUUUGAAUGUAAAAACGUCAGGAUUUAUAUAUGUUUCGUAAUGAUAUUUUUUUUUUUUUUUUAUUUCUUUUUGUUUUGUCGGGAAGGCGCUUUUUUCGAUGACCCGAUUUUGUGUGUGCGCGGCCUUUAAAUCAAAUCGAAAUCUUUUGUGACUUUGGAAUUUUUUUGGUAAAAUUUUAGAAUCAUGACGUCAUAAAUUUCUAUAAUGUCCAGAAUUGCAAAUUUGACAAUGAAGGUUUUUUUUUUUUUUCGUCUCGAAUGAAUUGUGAUUGAAAGAAAAAAAAAAAAAAAAAAAAAAAGUGAACGGGGUUUCGUAAAGACAUGUUCAUUUUUUUUUUUUUUUUUCGUUUAAUUUUUGAGUCAAGCAAUUAUGUUGGAAAAAUCAUUAAACGAAAGUCUGGAGUUUUUGUUUUUGUAAAGUCUGCGACUAAAAAAAAAUUGUCAAGAUAUUUUUUCUUAUACUUUUUUUUUUUGUUAUUUUUUCGAGUUGACUUUCGAGAACAGACGUACGGUGACACUCAGCCAGGCUAAAGGAGUUUUAUAGUUUCCAAAAAUAAUUUUUUGGAUGGAAAAAAAAAUAAUGAUAAAAAGACAUGCAGUGACGCCCCUCUUUUGCGACAUACAUAUAAUAUUGUAUUUGUUUUUUUUUUUUUAAAUUUAUUUCCUGUGUGCUGCCGACGAGGGACGACACUGCGUCUCAUUGCUAAACGCACCGACGUCUGUUUGCGAAUGUAUCUUUACAACGAAAAAAUAAAAAAAAAAGGGAAAAGUAUACAAGAGAAAUGAGCGAUGGAUAGAUAAAUAUAAAAAGUUUUUGGAAAAAUAAUUUUUAACCAAAGCAUGCAAUUGAAAAAAAAAGAAAGAAAAAUAAUAAUAAAUAGUAAAAAUGGUUAAAUAAAUAUAGUAAUGAUUAUAAAAAAAAAAAAUUGUAAGGCCGUGCACAGAUUACGUGACUCAUCUGGGCAUUUAUUUUGUAAAAAAGAAUAACUUUAUUUAUGAUUUUUUUUUUCUGAAAGAGAUUGUAAUGUCGAGGUGAAUGACAAGAUUCUAUAUACAGAAUUGUUAACUACUUUUUUUUUUUUUUUUUCAUUUUUGCUAUGUCAUAUUUUUUUGUAUCAUUUAUCUUUUGUAUCAUCUUUAUUUAUUUAUAUAUUAUAUUUUUUUUUCUUUUAUACAAAUUGAUGAGAAUGCAGACACCUUGCAUGAUUAAUAUACAAAAUUUAAUUCACAAAUUUAUAGACAAAAAUAUUGAAAGAAAAAAAAAAAGAAAUAAUUAUGAAACAAUGUGACUAAUUAUGUGGCGAAAUUAAAUGUUUAAUUAUUUAUUUUGUGAAUUUAUAUGGAGGUUACUAAUUCGUAAAUUAAUAACUAAAUAAUAAAUUUUUUUUUGAUAACGAAAAUUAAAAUUAAAUAAAUA